AUGUUCGGUGGAGACGACGAAGAUGGCGAUUUCUUGUCACCCGCAGGCGGGGCCAAGUUGGCAUCCCUGUUUGGGAUUGACGAAAAAAACAGUCAAGGAAAUGAGUCCUUUCAUUAUAUAGCACCAAAACAACCGAGAAAGAACUCGAAUCCAGUCUCAGUCAUCCAGACAGCAGCAGCACCAUCACCUGGAACCUUUGAAGUGUUAAUUGCCACAGCAGUCCAAGCAUUUCGAUAUAUAAAUGGACAGUACGUGAAGCAGGGAAAGCUGGGUGCAGCCGUAUUAGGAAACCACACAAGUCAAGAGUACAAGCUGCUUUUGUACUUGAGCCAUCAGAAACAAGUUACUUCUGCCAAGAUUCACAUAGAUUUCAUUUUCACGGUGCAGUCAAACAAUUACUGCACAUUUUACGAUGACCAAAGGCAGAAUUGGUCGCUUAUGUUUGAAUCCGAGAAAUCAGCUUGCGACUUUUGUAAAGAGGUGUGUUUGGCAAAGGCAAACACCUGCAACGCGUUAGAUGCAGUGCUAACUCAAGAUCUAAGUCUGGGAGAGGGCCAGGCAGUACAAUAUGGUGAUUCUCUGGAAGUGGCGUACAGAGGCUGGCUCUUGCAGAAUCACACAAUUGGACAGAUGUUUGACUCCAACCAAAAGAAAGACAAGUUGUUACGUUUAAAAAUUGGAGCUGGUAAAGUAAUUCAAGGGUGGGAGAAGGGCAUGCUGGGGAUGAAGAAGUCUGGCUGUCGACUCAUUGUUGUCCCACCGAACCUUGCCUAUGGAUCUAAAGGUGUCCCUGACUGUAUUCCAGCUAACAGCACUCUUAUUUUUGAAGCGGCGCUAAAACGAGUCAAAUUCUCCAAAGAUUCUGGCUCUGAUCAGGCUAGUUCCAGAGACUCCGGUACUCUCUCCCCUGCCCCUAGUGUUGAGAAUCUGACUCAAGAGACACUAACGCAGCCAGGGGAAACAACUCAGCGUGGAAAAUCAAAUUCUCUUAAUGAGCAAGUCACAACUGCAGAUGUUACAAAAGCCAAGCUGAUUUCUCGUAUGGCAAAGAUGGGGCAGCCCUUGUUGCCCUUUCUAACUUGCCAGCCUGACUCUAGUGACUCUGAGUUGGAGGAUACCAACACUAGUAGAGGCAAGGAUACGCCUGCUGCGCCGUCUCCUGUGCAGAUCACUUCUGCUGCCCCAGUUCAAGCACAUGUGCUUCCACAUCCAUACCCCGCUUUUCCAUCUAGCGUACUUCCCAGCAUUACCAAUUUCGCUGCACAGCCUGGUUUGCUAGGCAACAUGCACACUUUUCAGACUUCUGUUCCUUCGACUCAGCUCCAUUCCGUUGGCCAGGUUCAUCCUACCCGCGUUCCUUUCAUUGGCUCCAAUGACGUGACUUCCUUGUUGAUGAUCGAGGCCAGACAGCAAAACACUGAAAUCCGCUUAGCUGUCGGAAAAGUAGCAGACAAAGUCGAUCAACUUGCGUCCAAGGUAGAUGAUCUUCAAAGGCAGGGAAAUGUAUCCUUGAGCCUGUCUGGUAUAUCAAUGGAGUCCACCAUGGUCAUGCAAAAUCUUCUAAGAAUCAUCCAGGAAAAUGAAUGUCUGAAGAAGGAAAUAUUUGAGAAAAGCUCCCGCAUUGAGGAGCAAAACUGCAAAAUCAAUGAACUAUUUAGCCAAAGCCAAGGGUAUAUGGAACAGAGAGACACACUGUUGGAAAAGAGUAAUGACUCCAAAUCAUUGAAUGUACAGAGUCAGGCCAGACUAGUCCAGGCUGAACAAGCCAAGAUUCAGUUGCGGGAAGAGCUGGCAUCAACUACAGCACAGUUAUCUGAAGUAAAACUAGAGUCUCUGGCUCAUCAGCAGAAGGUUUUGGAGCUGCAGACUAAACUGAGCUCAGACGAGCUCGACUGUGAACGCCACUCUCAACACAUCUCUGAGCUGGAAUCACAGCUAGAAGAGUUAAAGAAAAUGUCAGAGAGAGUCCAGGCUCAGUAUCGUGCAGAGAGGCAAAAAUGCAAGGAGAUGGCACUAAAGGUCGAAAACAUGAAGGAGGAAGUAAAUGACUUGAAGGGGAUUCAAGAUAAUCUAAAACAAAGGUGUCAGCAGCAUGUAGAGCUAGAGGAAAGUUGGAAGGUCAAGUACAAGCAGGCUUUAGAGUCAAUUAGAGAAAAACAUUUGAGGGAGAUGGCAGAGUUUAAAAAGGAGAGAAAUAAUCUGUUAAAGGAUCAACAGGAAAAGGAGUCACAGAGCACUACUGUGGUGGAGUCAUUGGAGAGACGAGUAACUCAACUACAGAAGAAACUGGCUGAGCAAGAAAGUUCAGCAGAUACAGUAACAGAGGUGAAGCGUGUAAUGAAUGCAGUAUUUCAUUCUCUACGAGGAGAGUUUGACCUCAAUGAGAAUUACAGUGGCCAAACUGUGCUCCGUGUGCUUGUAAAUACCAUUAAGAAUGUAACUUUACAUCUCCUCCAUGGCAAAGACUCUCUGACAGCAAUUGAGAAGGAAGAGCUGUCAGAUCAAGAAGAGGAAGCAGAAAAAGAUGAUUUGGAACAAAAAGAAGAGAAGGUAAGCAACACAAUCCUUGUGACUGAAGAAAAUGCAGUCAGCAAACGGAUGGAGGAUGGCGACCACCACAGAAGUGAAGACCAAAUGCAUCAAGAUGAAGCCGAAAUGCGGGAGCAGUUACCUGAUUUGAAGGAACAAUUCGCCUCAGAAGCGGCAAAAAUUACACCUGUGACAUUAUUGGAAUGUCAAGAGAAGCAGGAGCAGGCAGUAAAUGACACCAGUGGGGAAGCGGAUCCACUGGCUGGACCUCAUGAUAGUGUCUUAACUGAGGGUGAAGAGGAGCAGAAUGCAACAGUCAUACAAGAUUCAGAGGAAAUCAAUCCAGACACUCAGGAAUGUCUUGGACCCCCAGUCAAACCACCUCCCCCACCAGUUAAAGUUCAUCUUAACCAGAUUGAGGAUGAAAGUCUGACGGGGGAAUCACUUAUAGAAAACGGAGAGACCCAGAUGGCCUCCCCUCCAGUUUUGGAGGAAGAUGAUGAUGAGCUGAGCCUAAAAGGGUGUCCUCCACCAGCUCCACUGUUGGAUGAUCAUAACAAUAGUGAUGAUGAUCCUGACUGGAUGAGCUGA